UAUAAAUUUAUGUUCGUGUUCUUACAUAUGACUUCAGUAUCACGAGGCUUACUUACAACAAAUUAAUAUGGACUUCUUCAAAGGAAAAGUAGCACUCAUUACAGGGGCAAGCAGCGGCAUAGGGGAGGGCGUGGCACUGCACCUUGCUGGUCUUGGGUGCCGUCUGUCGCUGACUGGAAGAUGCGGGGAGAAUCUUGACCGAGUUGCUGCGCUUUGUAAGGAGGCGGGGUUGACAGAUGCAGAGAUUUUGACAAUUCCAGCAGAUAUCAACAAUGACGUCGCAAGGAAAGAAAUAGUGGAGAAAACUGUUGAUAAAUAUAAGGACAUCAAUGUAUUAAUAAACAAUGCUGGGAUGAUCCAUUACCGGCGAGUAAGCAAUAUCACCCCUGCAGAGUAUGAUGAACUAUUCGAUACUAACGUCAAAAGCCAUGUGUUCCUUACACAGCUAGCUCUUCCACAUAUCAUUAAAACAAAAGGCAGCAUCAUCAACACUUCUAGUAUUUGUGGGCAAAAAGCAAUGCCUGAGGUUGGUCCCUACUGCAUGAGCAAAUCGUGCUUGGACAUGUUUACACAAUGUUUGGCUCUUGAAAUGGCACCACAUGGGGUAAGAGUCAACGCUAUAAAUCCAGGUACAGUUGUAAGCAACAUUGCUCGAAGAUUACAUGGCAAGUACCAGGAUGACGAAUUGUAUCAACAGUUCCUGGAGACUCAAGCAUCCGCUCAUCCACUUGGAAGAGUAGCGCUUCCGGGUGAUUGCGCAAGCGCAGUGGCCUUCCUAGCAUCCGAUGCAGCAAGCUUCAUAACGGGGCAAAUAUUGUUUGUGGACGGAGGACGAAACUGUAUUGCCGCUGGCGUUGCUACCAAUGUGAAGAAAUGAUUUUGUGCUUUAAAUGGACAGAACACCUUGUUUGUACCAUACGCAUUUGCAAAAUUGUUUGAGGAGUGACCGAAAUGCAUAAAGGUGUGGUCAGUGACGCCUAAUAAAAAUUGUUUCGAAGGAGUAGAAAAGGAAAUUAAAAUUUCAGAUCGGAAGUAAAAUCAUUACCCUUUAAAUGAUAAAAUGUAUUGAUGUAAGUUGAUUUGAAUUUUUAUAGUAUACUUCAUAAAAAUAUAAAUC